AGUCAACGGAGCUGAACAGCUCGACAACAAAGCAUUUGUUUAUAGAAAACUAAAUAUUUGAGUACGUUUUGAAAUUGAAACAAAAUGAAUGUGGAGUAUUUCUCGGAGGGAUUGGAGUGCCUAAUGUAUUGCGGCCUGAAAUUGUCGCCAGAGCAACGCAUUCUGAUUGAGAAUUCACUGAUUGUGUUGCUGCAGGAGAAUCGAUUUUCGGGCAUGUAUUUCUGGGGUCGAAUUACGGCGGUUAAAAAUGAUUAUUAUAUUGCCUUUGGCUAUACGAACGAUUGUCUGAAGGAUCGCAAAUAUUUCUACAGCGUGGAUCAAUAUCAAUGGCAACUGUUGCCCUUCGUGCAGAGCCCAAAGAUAUUUCAGGCCACAAUUUUGGCACCAGAACCAUUUAUUGGUGAUCCCAGUUUGCAGACAUUUGUCAAGCUGGAUCCCACAUUUAAUAUUGUUGCCAAUCAAGUGGUGAGCAUUGGUCGCCCCGAGGUGAUCAAGCUGAAGGAAGAGGAGCGUUUGGCUGCGAUUGUUUUUAUUAUCAGCGAGGAGAGUGCAAUUUGUCCACGUGGUGCUCUCUAUAAAAUGGUUGAUGGUCGUGUUAUACCCAAUCAAAUGUUUCGUGGCUUGAAUGAUUUACAAAUCGAUAAUUUAUCGUAUUAUCAGCUGUAUCGUUUGCCUCGCAAUGAUUUGAAGAGCAAUUUGUCGAAGCGCAGUGAUUAUAAUUAUGCCAUUGAUUUCCUGGAUACCAUCGAUGGUGUUAUUCCCCUGAGCCAGGCCUUCUCACUGAAUAUGCAGCGCAACGAGCGCAUCUCCAUCAUCAAGUCCUGCAUCUGGCUGGGCAUGACAUUCUUCCACAAACUCGGCUCUCGCAAGCAUGGCUUCCUCUAUCUGGGCAAUGGUCGCAAGAAUUUCGAUUUGCUCUUUAUGUAUUGAUCAUGUGGAACACUAUACAUAAACUGGGUUUUUAGUUGUUGGCAUAUUCCAAA